AUGGGGUGCUGUGGCUGUAGAGGUCGCACCUGUGUCUACUGCACUAGCUGCGGUGGCUGCGGUGGCUGCGGUGGCUGCGGUGGCUGUGGUGGCUGUGGCUGUGGUGGCUGUGGCGGCUGUGGCAGCUGCACCACCUGCAGAUGCUACCGCGUGGGCUGCUGCUCCGGCUGCUGCCCCUGCUGCUGUGGCUGCUGUGGGGGCUGCUGCAGCCGACCCAUGGUCUGCUGCUGCCGCCGCACCUGCUGCUGCAAACCCUGUUGCUGCAGCUGUGGCUGUGGCUGCGGGAAGGGCUGCUGCCAGCAGAAGUGCUGCUGCCAGAAAAAAUGCUGUUGCUAG